CAUGAAUGUUUCUGGGUUAAAAGGCUGUCUGGAAGUGUGCUGGGAUAUCUGAGUUCACACUGCCAUAUAUUCCAGUUCAAAGGAGAUAAUAUGGAAUUUUAUUCAGCUAUAUGGAAAGGGCCUUAGUGUUUGAUUUGACCUGAAUUACACUAACCCUUGUCUUUUUCUACUCACAUGUUCAUUCUUGGCAGAAAACAGGAACUCAACAGCAACUUAUGUAAUCAUGGAGUAGCUCGUGUAAUGAUUUACUACGGUUUGCUCUUUCAUUUAAAUAUCAGGAUGCAAUAAAAUGAUUUAUACUUCCUAAGAUUAUACUGGUAAAUUGUUGGCUUGUUGGAAAGUGACAAGAUCAGAUCAGUCUUGAUAGUUAAGCUGAAAGAGUCCAAGCAACAGAAAUAUUUGCUGAUUUUAGCGGAAAAAAUACUAAGGAGUUCUUUUGAUUCUAGGAAGGGGUGAAGCUGGUGUAUCAGCCAAAGCACUGGCAAUGGAGCCAUCAAACAUGUACCCAUUGAAGCACAUAGGAAGUUCGAAAAACUAUCGACAUUUUUUAUAUUGUCCUGUGAGCAGCACUAACCAUGGAACCAUCAAGCAAGUUCAUUUUUAAAUACAAGCAAAGCUAUUUUCCCCAAAAUUUGAUCACACCAGAAUAUCUUGAUUCACUGGAGGAUUUUGAAAUCAGAGACAGUGAUGUAUUUUUGAUCACAUUUCCAAAAUCAGGAACCAUAUGGACACAGAAUAUUUUAAGCUUAAUUCUUCAUGAAGGUCAUCGAAAUGGGAUUGAACAUGUAGACCUGUUAGACAGAGUUCCAUGGCUGGAGUACAACAUCCGCAAAAUGGAUUAUGUUAAUCGCCCAUCACCUCGUUACUUUUCCAGCCAUCUGCCCUACUAUUUAGUACCAAAGGGAUUAAAAAAUGGAAAAGGAAAGAUUAUUUAUGUGGCCAGAAACCCAAAGGAUGUCUUGGUCUCCUACUUUCAUUUUUCGAAAGUUUCUCUCCAUACUGAAGAUGUGGAAGACUUUGAAAUUAUUCUGAAUAAUUUUCUAGCUGGCAAAGUGGUAGGUGAUUUUUGGCUGGACCAUGUAGAAGGGUGGUCUGCUCAGAGGGACCACUUGAAUAUUCUCUUCCUUAUGUAUGAAGAAAUGAAGAAGGAUCUGAGAGGCUGUGUAAUAAAAAUAUGCAACUUCCUAGGAAAGAGACUGACUGAAGAGGAGAUAGAUGAUGUUGUGGAUAAGGCUUCAUUUAGCAAAAUGAGUGAGGAUCGUAGAGCGAAUUAUACCACUGCACCCUCUGACAUCCUAGAUUUCAGCAAAGGACGCUUUCUGCGCAAAGGUACUAUUGGAGACUGGAAAAACACAAUGACGGUGGCACAGAGUGAAAGGUUUGACAGUGUUUUCAAGGAACGGAUGGAAAAGCUGCCCUUCAAGUUCUGCUGGGAUAUCAAAGAUGAAUUAUGAAUAAGGAUCAAUAAACCUCUACAGAUUUUAAAAA